UCAUCGAGUAGACAUAGGACGGUUUGAGACCACGACAGAGGACACAAAAUGGGAUGCUUUUCGAGGUUCACGUUGAUGGAAUGGAUGCGUUUAUUAAUUAAUUAAAGGAUAAAGAUAUUUGCAGGGCUUAAGGUUUCUCCAUUCACAGAUGUGGUUUAGAUGGUUAGCCCAGUUUUACGAAGAAAGGUGUUGAGAGUCAUUUAAUUGUUUGUAAAGAAGCACACCCUGAAGUGCCCUUUGCUCGUGCACUAGCGCCAUGAGUAGCGCACUUGAUGAUUCGAAGACAUCUGAAGCAAGUAUGGACCACGAACUCUACACUGUACAGAGUCCCUCUGGGGACACGAAGGAUGGCCUAGAUCAUUCAGAAUUCAUUUAUAAAAUGUCAAAUGAAGAAUUUGUUCGGUUCGUGAAGUUGCGUGUGACCAACGACGCACUUUUCACUGGAAAGAGAAAUUCUUCAACUCUGGCUUAUAGGGCCAUCUUGAAAGAGUUGGGUCUACAGAGAGAGAUUUCUGCCAGUCAGGCAAGAAGGAAAUGGGAAAACCUUAAGAUGAAAUACAAGGAUCUUAAGAAUCCCCCACCUGGCAUCUCAGUGAACCCCACUAACUGGCCAUGGUUCUCCCUCAUGGAUGACGCCAUGGAGGGUAGACUAGUAGGAAGUGAUAUCACUGUGGAUACGUCCUCUGUGGGCGAUGACAGCGAGUAUCGCCCGAACAACAGCAACCGCAGCCGAAGGAGCAAGAGAGCACGUGAGCCAGACAGAAACGAGAUUGAGCUGUUCGUGGAAGAGGACGACAUGAUGUCAGAAGAGAUGGGGCGAGACAAGACAGAGCUGGACAGAGACAGGGACGAGAUGGAGCACGAGAGGGCCAUCCUGGAGAGCGACAAAGCCGCUAUUGAAUACGAAAGGAUGGUCCUGGAGAGAGAGAAGAUGGUUCUGGAUAGAGAGAGAGCAGGAGUGGAGAGAGAACUCGCAGCUUUGGACCGAGACAGGGCCUCUUUGGAGAGAGAGAAGGCUGCUGUGGAGAGAGACAGGGCUUCUGUGGAGUACAUCCGAGCUCAGCUGGAAAAGGAAAGAGCGACUCUAGAUAGAGAAAGGGCAAAGCUUGAGAGAGAGCGUGCCAUCCUUGAGCAUCAGCGUGGGACAGAGAAAGGGGAGCCGACGGCUAUUUUGAUUGACAGUGUGGAGGGAACUGACAACUCUAUUCCCUUUGUAAUGGAACCAGCUAACCUAGAGAGGAGGCAGAAAUUCCUCAACCUGUUUGAAAAGCUCAUUGAGAACUUCUAAAACAGAAA